AAAGUGCAUUGUGGGUCAUUUUAAGAUGGCCGCGCCCAUGAUGAUUUAGAUACCCUUCUGAGUGUUUCUUAGCAUAUUUAUUAAACGUAAAAAUACAUCAAAAUAUAUUCUGAACUACCUCUGUACAGUUUUGAUCAUGUUUUACUUUUUACUUAGUGGUAGCUUAAAAUGCAGUACCAGGGCACCGUUGCGCUUUUUAAAUUCUCGGCUAAAAUCAGUCGAUUUAAGCAGGAAUAAAAGACCAAGUGCACACUGGACUCAAGUUUCCAAUGCACGUAGCACUGCCAGUAAGACCAGCAAUGCCAUCGUCCGUCUCUGGGGUCAGACGCAGAGAGUGCUCAGGCAGUCCACUGGACGGGCCUCUCAGUUCCCAAGGGUCACACUUGGAUUUAUUGUGGGUCCUGCUGCCCUGACGGUCACCGCUCGGCUGUUCGCCAGUGUUGCCUACUGCCAGGUGGACCUCAAUAACAAUGACUCGGUGGAAGACAAAUCUAGAGAAUCUCAGCCAGAGUUCAACUGGGCUGUUCUAUGGGAGUUUGUCAGGCCCCAAAUCCUUGCUCUUCUAGGUGCAAUUGUGCUUGCUUUUGGGGCAGCCUUCCUGAACAUUCACAUCCCUUUGAUGCUCGGUGAUUUGGUGAAUGUGGUGGCCCACUACGUGAGAGAGCAUGCUGGGAACUACAUCGGGGAGGUCCGAGGCCCCGCUCUGAAACUUUUGGGACUCUACGGGUUACAGGGCCUGUUGACCAGUGGUUACAUUAUUCUUCUCUCCAGGGUAGGGGAGAGAGUGGCGGCGGACAUGAGAAAAAGCCUCUUCCUUUCCUUGCUCAGGCAAGAUGUUGCAUUCUUUGAUGCCCACAAGACUGGACAGCUGGUGAACCGCUUGACUGCUGAUAUUCAGGAGUUUAAGUCUUCAUUUAAACUGGUUGUUUCUCAGGGUUUGCGAAGCGUCACCCAGACGGUGGGGUGCUUUGUGUCCCUCUACAUCAUCUCUCCGAAACUCACGGGCCUGAUGGUGGUGGUCAUGCCCUGUCUGGUGGGGACAGGGGCUCUCAUUGGCUCCUUCCUGCGACGGCUCUCCCGGAAGGCUCAGGAGCAGGUUGCCAUAGCCACAGGAGUGGCGGAUGAGGCCCUGGGCAACGUACGCACAGUGAGAGCCUUUGCCAUGGAGGACCGGGAGAUGCAGAUGUUUUCCACUGAGGUGAAUAAGUCAUGUGACCUGAAUGAAGCUCUAGGAACAGGAAUUGCAGUUUUCCAAGGGCUGUCAAAUGUCGCACUUAACUGCAUUGUCUUGGGCACCAUUUUUGCAGGCGGGCACAUGAUGGCUGGUAAUGAGAUGUCUCCAGGGGACCUCAUGUCUUUUCUUGUGGCAUCACAAACCGUGCAGAGGUCCAUGGCCAGUAUUUCAAUCCUGUUUGGACAAAUGGUUAGAGGUAUUAGCGCUGGUGCCCGUGUGUUUGAAUACCUGUCCUUGGAGCCUACCAUUCCAAUCACUGGGGGAGGCAGGAUUCCUUAUCACUCCUUAAUUGGCAGAGUGGACUUCAUGAACAUCUCCUUCAGUUACCCAACAAGGCCUGGGCAUCAGAUUCUGAAGAACUUCACCCUCACCUUGCCCCCCUGUAAGACAGUGGCCAUCGUUGGGGAGUCUGGAGGAGGUAAAUCCACUGUGGCCAGCUUGCUGGAACGCUUCUACGACCCCAGCAGUGGGGUGGUCAUGCUGGAUGGGCUGGACGUUCGAACCCUUGACCCCUCCUGGCUCAGGGGGAAGGUCAUUGGGUUCAUCAACCAGGAGCCUGUACUGUUCAGCACAUCCGUGAUGGACAACAUUCGCUUCGGCAAGCCGGAGGCCACUGACGCCGAGGUCAUCACCGCCGCCAAGCAGGCCAACGCACACCGAUUCAUCACCGCCUUUCCCGACGGUUAUAACACCAUGGUCGGUGAGCGUGGGGUAACACUUUCAGGAGGCCAAAAACAGCGCAUCGCUAUUGCCCGUGCCCUGAUCAAGAACCCCAGCAUCCUGGUUCUGGAUGAAGCUACCAGCGCCCUGGAUGCCGAGUCAGAGCGGGUGGUGCAGGAGGCCCUGGAACGGGCGACCACGGGCCGCACCGUACUCAUCAUCGCCCACCGCCUGAGCACCAUCAAGGGGGCUGAUCUCAUCUGCGUGCUCAGCAAUGGGCGCAUCGUAGAGGCUGGAACACACUUCGAUCUUCUGAAUAAAGGAGGCCUCUAUGCAGAUCUGAUCCAGAGACAGAGAACAGAGGAACAAAAAUAAACACGCUAUCAUACUACAAAUGCUCUGGACUGCUCUAUGGUCAGUCCAACAGUCCAAGAGCAGAAUCACUCCCAGACUUAAACAUUACCAAAAUAAUUGCUUAGCCUAACCAACAGGGCAGUUUAUUACAAUGAUUAUAUUUUAGUUGAGUCUCAGAAUAUACAUUGGAUAUUAAUGUCUCUUUUGUUUGUGAACCUAUACAUUAUUUUAAUGAAUUGGUCAAUGACUGAAGAAUGUUCAAAUAUUGAAAUGUAUGUUUUACCUACUUAGAGUAAUGCCUCUAGGUGUAUAUAAUUUUAUGGUUAGUACACUUGGAAGUUGCUAUUUUUUACAUAGUGGGUGUUUUUUAAUUGACAGGUUGGAAAGUAAUUAUUUGACACUAAGUAAAUAAAGAUCAUUUCGUGGAUCAUAUUUUUUAUAGAAAAAGAUUCCAUCAAAAUAGAAAAAUAACUUUCGGUUACAGGAAUUACAAAAGUAAUUUAUGAUAAAUGUGCAGUACAGUUCAAUGUGCUUAUUUGUGUAACAUAAAUUGUUAAUUAAUGAGCAUUAUAGUGGUGCCCUGUAUGGAUGAUUACAUGUACCUGUCUGGAAUUACUAUUUUAUCUGCUGUAAAUACUGUCAUUGGUACCAAUCCUUUCAUUGUAAUGAUUAUUGCUUUAUUGGAGUGACUUGCAAAUUCAGUUUUGAUGCAUUGCAGAAUGAUUGAAAUGUUAAAUAAAAAUAAGCAUUUCUAUCUAUA